AUGCUACAAGAGGAUUAUCCUCAAGUGAGUGUACGGGCGAUUCGAUCCAUUGACAAGAGCGUCCCACCCAACGCCAUUCCCCCUGCCACACCCGACGAGAUAUACCAUGUCGACACUCACCCCGAUCCCGAGACUCAGAUGGAAAUUGUACUAUGGGACGACAUCCUCCAGGGAUUCAAGUAUGCGGAGCACGUUCGACACAAGACGAGGGUCCGACAGUUGGAGCUUCAACCAGUGCCACCGCAGGACGACAGCACGAUAAAGGUCAACGCCGCAUCCCAGGAUGCCAUUUCAAUACCCAGUGCUACGUCGAUGCCCAUUACUACGACUGCUACAUCCACGCCCAACUCAAUAUCCUCAUCCAGUGCACCUCCCACUGCAACAUCCGCUGUUCGAUGGAACCCAGUCUACGGUCUUGUAGAGACGGCGAUGGAAAACUACACUCACAUUGACAGAUCCAUUGUAUUCCCGUCAGCUCGAGGUCCUCAAGCGGUGUUGGACGAUCGAACGCCAGUGGUCAAGGAUUCCCCAACCACUCCUCAUCUAGACAACAACAGACCUCAGCUACAAGGACCUCAAUUCGCGACAACCAAUUUACCCAUGGAAAUGGAUGUGACCCAGACGAGCAUCAGUGCCAGCCCUGGGGGCAUUCUGCCCAGGCCGCGCUCGGCGACAAACUAUCAGGCCGCCAUGGAUUGGUAUCUCAAGGCCGCUCAGCAAGGACAUGCCUCCGCACAUUACAACAUCGGUGUACUUUAUAACAACGGCCAAGGUGUUCCCCAGGACUAUGCACAGGCGAUGGAAUGGUACCUCAAAGCCGCCGAUCAAGGAUACGCCAAUGCACAAUACAAUAUCAGCUCCUGCUACGAGCGUGGUCAAGGCGUUCCUCAAGACUACGCACAGGCGAUGGAAUGGUACCUCAAAGCCGCCGAUCAAGGAUACGCCAAUGCACAAUACAAUAUCGGCUCCUGCUACGAGCGUGGUCAAGGCGUUCCUCAAGACUACGCACAGGCGAUGGAAUGGUACCUCAAGGCCGCCCAGCAAAGAAAUGCCUCCGCACAAUUCAGCAUUGGCGUCCUAUACGACAACGGCCAAGGUGCUCCCCUGGAUUAUACAAAGACCGCAGUGUGA